UGUAGACGACUCAGUAAACCACAACAGAGCAUAAUAAGCUUUGGAUCCAUAUCAUAGACCUAAGUUAGCUUCCAAGGGAGCCCAAAAACACACACCAUGACCAUGCCCUCUGAAUUCCAUUCCCAGCCCCUGACCACAAUCCUACUCCUCCUCCUCGUCCUCCUUUCAACAGCAUCUCACUUGAUCCUGGAGGCUGUUGCUGCUGAGCAUGAUGAGCAGCAGCCGAUCACACUUCCUGACAAGUGCGGCAACAUAAGCAUUCCUUACCCAUUCGGCAUGAAACCUGGUUGCUUCCGCGAGGGCUUCCAGGUCACCUGCAACGACUCCUUCAAUCCCCAUCGUGCCUACCUUGCCUACGACGGAGUAUUCCAGCGGAUUAAUGAGAUUUACUUCAGGGCGCAGAAAGGGUUGUGUCGGCGUAAUCGUGUUUGGAAUAGAACACGGGAAGAUACGGCCUUGGAGCUCAUCGAUAUAUCAGUUGCAAAGGGUGAGGCGCGCGCAUACGCCGCGGUCUCAUCUCGCUGCAGCGCAAACCAUACCGACUCCUUAAGCAAAUCUCUACGGAUGCGGUUGGGAGAAAAGAUGAGCCCGUUUCUCGUGUCGGUGACGCGCAAUGUUCUCAUCGGCGUAGGCUGGAGAGUCCAGCCUAAGAUGAAUAGCUACUUGUGGUCGGCGUCGGCGUCAGAUGCGUUGUCGGCACAUGGAUAUUCAUCGAAUGAACUCACUAUUUCCUGCCUUUCAUACCUCAUGCGCAUGCCGCAGUUCCUCAAGUUCGCGACCAACGGGUCGUGCUCGGGGCGGGGCUGCUGUAGGGCUGCCUUGCCGGAAGCGGUUGCACUCACCAGGUUUGCAUUGUGGAUCAGUUUCGAUGAACCAAACACCUUGUUUGUGACCAAUCCAUGCUCCUACGCCAUGGUGGUGGAGAGCACAUGGUACAACUUCACCACGCCGGACAUGUACGGUUACGAGGAGAUACCCAAGAAAUUCCCAAGGGGCGUCCCCUUGGUAAUCGAUUUCUCCAUCAGGAAUGGUUCAUGUCCAGAGAAAGGCCAGCAUCCGCCUCCGGACUAUGCUUGUGUCAGUGGCAACAGCUCAUGUUCAAACGCGACUAGUGGCCUGGGCUAUGUCUGCAAGUGUUGGGACCAUUACGAUGGGAACCCUUACAUCGCCAAUGGAUGCCAAGACAUUGAUGAGUGUAAGCUUCGCGAUUUAUAUCCUUGCUCCAGUGACGGGAUCUGCAAAAACACGUUGGGAGGAUAUGCAUGUCCAUGUAAAUCCGGAAUGAAAGGCGAUGGCGUAAAAGGAACCUGCACACAUAUUUUCCCCCAAGCAGCACGGACGAUUUUGGGUGCAACAAGUGGUGUCUUUUUGGUGGCAGUCUUGUCAUUCCUUAUUUUCCUUCGCAAAGAGAAAAGGAAAAUGAGAGAGUUUUAUGAGAAGAACGGUGGGCGUACAUUGGAGAAGGCAAAAUUCAUAAAACUGUUCAAAAAGGAGAAGCUCAAGCCAAUUUUGAAGAGUAGCAAUUUUAUUGGAAAAGGUGGCUUCGGUGAAGUUUACAAGGGCCUUCUUGAUAAUGAACAAGUCGCUGUUAAGAAACCUAUUACUGGUAGUGUGCUAGAGAAUGAACAAUUUGCAAAUGAAGUCAUCAUUCAAUCUCAAAUCAUCCACAAGAACAUCGUUAGGCUUGUGGGUUGUUGCCUAGAAGUUGAUGCCCCGAUCCUAGUCUAUGAGUUUCUCUGCAAUGGUAGCCUCGAUGACAUUCUUCACGACAACAGGAAGGUGCCUCUGAACUUGGAUGUGCGUUUAAGUAUUGCCGCAGAAUCAGCUGAUGGUCUGGUUUAUAUGCACUCAAAAACCAGUACCAAGAUCCUACAUGGUGAUGUUAAACCAGCGAAUAUACUUUUGGAUGAUAAGUUUGUGCCAAAGAUCUCGGAUUUUGGCAUAUCAAGGUUGAUCGCGAGAGACAUACAACAUACUGGAUCUAUCAUUGGUGACAUGAGUUAUAUGGAUCCAGUAUAUCUGCAAACAGGGCUACUAACAGAAAAAAGGGAUGUCUACAGUUUUGGAGUUGUCAUCUUGGAGCUUAUUAGUAGGAAGAAAGCCACACAUUCCGACGGCGGUAGCUUAGUAAACAAUUUCCUUGAAGCUUACAAGAAAGAGAAGAAAGCAACUCCAUUAUUUGACAAGGAAAUUGCGGUAACAGAAGAUUUGGAGAUUAUUGAUAGUUUGGCAUGUAUCGCGGUGGAAUGUCUUAACCUUGAUGUGGAUCAAAGACCAUGGAUGACGGACGUAGCAGAGCGUCUUCUCAUAAUGGAUCGAUCCCGUAAGGCAUAAUUUGCAUUGUAUGUUCCAGUUUGAACAACAUCUGUAUAUGUAAGGGGUCGAAAAUAAUAAGUGACUAUGGACGGGGCAAUCGUCUAUCUUAUUGCUAUUGUGAACAAAAUCCUUCAAGUAGAACCAAGGGAGGUCUCCCAUGGUCCCAAGAAAAUUUGAAAUGUA